AUGAAUAUUCGAUAAUUAGAUAAUAUCAUUUCAUGGCUUCUUUCUAAAUUCAAGUCUUCUCCUUAUAGAUGGAAUGAGUAAUAAGUGCAUUCCUUUUGCGAAUCCGUUGGAUUGUAAUGGGCUAUAUCAAUUAUUACUGUAACCUAUUUCAUCAAUGUUUAGAUUUAAACUGCGCCAAAAUAGAGGUCUUAAAAUAACUAGGAAGCGAAGCCAUAAACAAAAUAAUUAUAAAUACCUUUGUUAGAUGCCUGCACAAGACAGUAUGAAGAAAUAUUAGAAUUGUGCAAUGCUUAAGGCAUUUAUAAAUUGAUAAGUCAUUCAAUGGAUAUAAACCUUUAUUAUUAAAUCUAGAAAUUAAAAAUAUGGUCCCUCAUUAUCUUGAAAUACCAACAUUAUAGAGAAAUAUUCAAGAAGCAUUAUGGAUCCAAAUUGUUUUCGCAAUCAAAAUGCAAGAGCUGUACUGCUGAAAUCAGCUGUGCAUGCUAAAUAUUAAAUAGUUUGUUACAGGAAAUAGAAAUCUAUAUUAAGAGUAUUUAUGAACUCCCUAGUACUCAAAAUCAAAAUAGAAGAACCUCAAUGUAUAUUAGUUCAGACAUUAUAAACCUGUUAUUAAAAUCUAUUUCUCAUCUGCCUUCAUAUGAUUAGUAACCUCUCUUUUGGGAUAUGGAUGAUAUUAGAGUUCUACUACACGUCGUUAAAUUUUAGGAUUAUUAUCAAUUACUAUUUUAAAACUAAAUUGAUGGAUUCAUUUUACUAAUACUAGUCAAUCCACCUUUUAAGGGUGAUAAUUUAUUUCUAAAAUGUUUAUUGAUGAGUUAACAAAACUUUUCAUAAAAGCCAUAAAACUUAUUGUAUCAAAAUAGACAAAGUAUGGUCAGAAAUACUAUGUAGACUGCUAGCAAAUAUCAUUAAAUUAAUCAAUUUCUUCAUUUAUUACACUAUUUGUUACAAAUAUUAAGCUUAGCUGCCUAUAAAAGUUAGGAAUCUUACACAGAAUAUAAACAUUUGGGAUAGAGAAAAGUCAGUCAAAUUAGAUGGAUAUCAUUAUAUUAUUUUACAAAUGACACUUAGGUUGGAUAAGGUCAUAGAAAAUCAACACUCUCUGAAUAGUUUAGGAGAUCAGCCAAAUCAUAUGGAAAUGUAGAGUAAUAAAUUAAAAACAGAAAUAAAACAGAGAAUUUAGAUUAAUUUGAAGUUAAAAUUAUGGUAACAGAUCAAAGUUUAGAACAGAUAAAAAAAUAGUUUAGUCAUCCCAAUGUUACUCACUCAGCUGCAACUUCACCAUAUGUUCAAAAAGAUUCAAAUUGGAUCAAAUCUAAAACUUAAGCAGUAAAUUAAUUCAAUGCAGAAGAUAAUAUUGAUAGAAGUAGUUCCUUUUUGAUACCAGAUAAUGAUAGCGUUAUGAAUGAGCAAGAAAGGGAUAGGUAAAAUACUGAAACCCAUGUUUAAUUUGAAGAAGAUAUACUAUCAGGUGGCAAUGUUAACCAAUCAUAAGAAGAAUAAUCAUAAUAGUUAUCCAAUUAGGAAGAAGAAUUAUAAGAAACUAAUGAUUAAAUGUAGGAAUCAGUUGCAUUCAUGGCAUAAUCUGUAUUAAUUUAAUAAUAAUAAUAAUAAUAAUAAUAAUAAUAAUCAUAAUAAUAAUCAUAAUAAUAAUAAUAAUAAUAAUAAUAAUAAGCUAUGUGUGAGUCUGUAAUUUUAGGCUAAUUCAGUGGUAUGCAAUAAUCUACUAUAAUGUAACAAUCUACUAUAAUGUAAUAAUCAGUAAUGAUGCAAUAAUCUACAAUUAUGCAACAAUCUACAAUAAUGCAGUAAUCUACAGUUUUAGAUAAGUCAAUUCAAAUACAACAAAUUAUUGAAUAAUAAGAUAAUUAACGAAUUUAAUUUUAGAGAUCAAUGAAAGAUUAAAUAUUAAAAAGGAUAGAAAAACUAACUCUUCAACCAUCAUUUGAUUUAUUUUAACUUUAAUAAUAAACUCAUUUGAAAUUGAAAUGUGAUGAAUAAUAAAAAUUAAAAGUUGUAAACAUUUAAGGGGCUAGUUUUGGUAGGAAUGAAGAUUGCACAUUUGCCUAUACAGAUCAUUCUAAAAUUAGUAGCAAACAUAGCUAAAUAUAAUAUAAAGAUAAGGCAUUUUAUUUGAUUGAUGUUGGAUCAAAAGGGGGUACUUUUGUGAAGAUAAACCAUAAUUUUGUAAUUGAAAAAGAUAUGUCUGUUUACAUUGGCAAUCGGUUUGCAUUCAAAAUAAUUGACAUUAACACAGAGACAGGAUUUUUGGAAGUCAGGUAUGAGCAUGAAGGGACAGCAAAACACAAAUAAAUAUAAUUGAAAAGAGGGGAUAAAUUUUUGAUAGGAAGAGAAAAAUCGAAAAAUAAUUUUACUUUUAUGCAUUCUUAAUGCAAUAGAUUAAUGAGUGCCAAACAUAUGGAAAUAUAUUAUGAUUAUAAUUUUAAGGCUGGAUCAGUGAAGUUAAUGAUAAACGAUUUAGAAAGCAAGAAUGGAACGUGGUUACGAUUAAGCGAAAAACAAGUUGUUAGUGCUCCUUUUCAUUUAUAAAAAGGAAUUAAGUUUAAUUUAUCAUUUGAAUUGAUGUUCGAUGUCUUUGAAAUGGUAUGUGAUGUAUGA